GUGUAAUUGGCUUGGCUCCACCCGCUGCCCUCUAAACCCAUUAAAGCUCUUUAGGUCCGACAUUUUUGCCUCUGAGUCAGAGCAAGAUGAGCUUCGGAGACCGACACACCGUGUCGUCCUACCGCAAGAUCUUCGGAGAUUCUGCCCGCUUCCCGACCUCUGCCUCCCGCAUGGGCAGCGCGGCUCCUCGGCCCUUCCCAGGGCCCAGAGCCACGACCGCGCCCCGCCACGGCGCGUCCUCUGCGGGGAUGUACAGACGCAUCGGUCGGUCCUCCGCUCCGUUCUCUCUAGUUCCGACCGGUUCUUUCGAUUUGAGCCAAACCUCUGUGGUCAACAAUGAAUUCAAAGUGAUCCGAACCAACGAGAAGGAGCAGCUGCAGGGUCUGAAUGACCGCUUUGCCAUGUUCAUCGAUAAAGUCCGGCAUCUGGAGCAGCAGAACAAAGUCCUGGAGACAGAGCUGGUGAGCCUCCGGCAGAAACACGGCGAGCCUUCCCGCGUCGGGCUUCUCUACCAGGAGGAGAUGAGAGACCUGCGCUGCCAGCUGGACGAGCUGAACCGGGACAAGAACCAAAUCCUGAUCGAGAGGAACAACAUGGAGGACGAGCUGCAGAAGCUGAGCGUAAAGUUCGAUGAAGAGGCGAGGGCGCGGGAGGAAGCCGAGCAAACCCUGCGGUCCUUCAGGAAGGAUGUGGACGACGCGGCGGUGGUCCGCCUGGACCUGGAGCGGCGCGUCGAGUCGCUGUCGGAUGAAAUCUCCUUCCUGAAAAAGGUGCAUGAAGAGGAAAUCGAGGAGCUGAGCAACAUGAUGGAGGCACAGCAGGUCUCCGUGGAGAUAGAGCUCGCCAAACCGGACCUCACCUCGGCUCUGAAGGAGAUCCGCAGCCAAUACGAGUCCAUUGCCUCCAAAAACCUGCAGUCGGCCGAGGAGUGGUACAAGAGCAAGUUCGCGAGCCUGAGCGAGCAGGCGAGCCGGAGCAACGAGGCGAUGAGGGCCAGCAGGGAAGAGAUCAACGAGUUCAGGAGGCAGCUGCAGUCCAAGACGGUGGAGAUAGAGACCCUGAGGGGCGCCAACGAGUCUCUGGAGAGGCAGAUAGGCGAGAUGGAGGACACGCACAAUGCCGAGGUCACAGCCAUGCAGGACACCAUUAGCCACCUGGACACGGAGUUGAGGAACCUGAAGAGUGAGAUGGCUCAGCACCUGAGGGAAUACCAAGACCUGCUCAAUGUCAAGAUGGCUCUGGAUAUCGAGAUUGCCGCUUACAGAAAACUAUUGGAGGGAGAGGAGACCCACUUCAACUCUGGGAUGUCGUUCGGCACGGCUAGCUACAGCUACCAAGCUCGAAGCUCGACCGAAUCGUACAAAAGCAGCCAGAGGGAGAAAGGAGGAGCCAUGAAGGAAAGCUUCAAGGGCAUCAGCGAGGACAAAGAAGAGGCAGACAUCAACUCCAACAACUGAACACAAGCAGGGGAGAAAUUACACCCAAUCAUGAGCAUCAAAGCUGUAACGUAGGGUUACAGCUUUGAUGCUGCAUAGUAAUUGCACUAUUAUGCAACUUUAAAACAAGAACUGGGUGCACAAGUUUGAAUUGAUCUUAAGUUUAGUCUAGUCUAGACGCCAUUUUUGUAGUUCUUUUUUUAUAGUUCUGGCUGGAUAAUUGACCAUUCAUCUUGGUAUAAUUUGCAUUUUGGGAUUAAUAUUAAGGUAUUUUCCUGUUUUAAACCCAUGGAUUGUACCUGAAGUGAUAUAAUAAUACCCUUUAAAUAAGAAUGUAACUAAGUAUCUAAUGUGAAUGCAUUAAAUUGUAAAAAUCUAUUGUAAUUGGUCCAAUAUGCAGAGGCGCUUCAAGAGGAGAGCAGGAGGGGCCACCUCUAGGAAAAAGAAAUAAAAAAUAUAUAUACAGUAUAUAGAUACCAACUAUAUAUAUAUUUUCCCCUUAGGAUAAAAAAUACACACUCUCAUAAGUAUAAAUAUAUGCACUUUUAUGACACCAUAAGGAAUUUGUUUUUCUUUUUUGUCAAUUUUAGGGGGAAAAAAUCAUGUUAUAUAUAAAUUUAUAUUAUUUUUUAGGAUUGUUGACUAAAAUAAAAUCAAUAAAAGAAUCCAAACUUUACCAAACCUGCAAAGUUGGGUAAUUUUUUGUUUUCCCUUCUGAUUCCUGCUUGUUGAUGCGGCCAUAUUAAAUACAUCUCAAUUCAAAGGUCCGCUUUGUGCAACCUGUUGCUGAUUGCUUAACUAAGUUGUAAAUCGUAGAUUGUCUACCUUAUACAGUUGUACCUGGAAAUGGAUCAGUCUGAAUAUUUUGACUCCAUAUUUUUUUUCUGGCAAUGUUGUUGGACAGAAUAAUUUAAACUGAUUUUUCAGGUGUACCUUUAAAAGUCUAGUAUGUUGAGACUUUUCUAGAGACAAAAAAACAAACAAAAAAACCCCAAUUGACCAAAACUAAGCAUUUCAGAAGCUUGCAACAACAAAGUAAUUUUGCUGCAGCUUUGAAACGUGAACUAGUAGACAAACAUAAAACUGAAAUUUAAUAUGUCCUUACAAAAGAGUCGGUUUUUAAUGUAGCUUCACCACUUUAGACUAAUUUAAGAAACUCAGACAAUAAUUUAAAAUAUACUUUAAAAUAAAAUAAAUAUCAUCCUCUGCUAUAUUCAUUUAAUAGACAAAAUGGCUGUUAUAUGUAGAAA